AUGAAGGCCAACACUAUCGUCCUCGCUGCCACCCAGGCCCUCCUGGCCGCCGCCAACCCCGUUCCCGAGAUCAAAGAGCGCCAGUCUUGCCCUGGUGUCCACGUUUUCGGUGCCCGCGAGACGACCGUGUCUCCGGGGUUCGGCUCGUCUGGCACCGUUGUCAACCUGAUCACACAAACCUAUUCCGGCUCCACCUCCGAGGCCAUUAGCUAUCCUGCAUGUGGUGGCCAGGCAUCUUGUGGUAGUGUUAGCUAUGCAGACUCCGUCAAGCAAGGCGUUUCGGCCGUUGUCAGCGCCGUGAACGCUUUCAACACAAAGUGCCCUAACACGUCAUUGGUGCUCGUGGGCUACUCCCAGGGGGGCCAGAUCUUCGAUGACGCUCUUUGCGGGGGUGGGGACACUGCUGAGGGUAUCAGUAGCACUGCUGUCCCAUUGUCAUCAGCCGCUGUCUCGAAAAUCAAGGCUGCUAUCUUCAUGGGCGACCCACGCUUCGUCGCUGGUCUUCCCUACGAGGUUGGCACUUGCAAGGCUGGAGGGUUCGAUGCCCGUCCCUCCGGCUUUUCGUGCCCUAGUGCCGCCAAGAUCCAGUCGUACUGCGACGCUGCUGACCCUUACUGCUGUAACGGAAGCAAUGCUGCUACGCACCAGGGCUAUGGAAGUGAAUAUGGGCAGCAGGCUCUCACUUUCGUCAAGAGCAAGAUCCCGGCUUAA